AUGGCGCCCCAACGGAACUACUACGCCGACUUGGAGCUGCCUAUGACGGCAGAUGUCACGGAGAUCAAAAAGCAAUUUCGAAAGCUAGCCUUGAAAUAUCAUCCCGAUCGUAAUCCUGGCCGAGAACAAGAGGUCAACUCGCAGUUUCAAAUCAUCCAGGCCGCUCACGAAGUACUCAGCGACCCCGAGGCCAAGGCCAAAUACGACGCCUCUUUCGCACGAUCUGCCGCCUCUAGAUAUCCUGCCUCUUCGGGCGUGAGAGGAAACCCAUGGCAAAAUGUUAGCCAGCAGUACCCUACUCCACCCCGACGUGGUCAGCCGCGAACAGCCACUUCAGGGGCACAGAGAUGGAACGAGAGGUUCUCAGCCGGUGUGCCUCCAACCGCCAAACACCAGCCAGCGGCGGCAACGGCUGCACGAGCUUUUGAAAGCAUGCGGAAAGGUGGUGCCAAGAGUGGACAGCAAGACCGCCCCGUCCCUCCCCCUCCUCCACCACCUCGAACUGAGAGUGCCAAAAAGAGAGCUGAGGCAUCUUUCGGUGCCAAAAAGGCUGGAUACUAUCCUCGGUCAAACACCCCUGGCGAUGAGCCGCCAGUUACCAACAACAACUACUACUCCUCCCGUAUGAACGCUGAGCGACCAGCAGAGCCAGUACCCGAUCCCUUGGCUCAGUUUAGAGAGAAAAGUCGCGCCGAAGAAAGCUUCAUGGACCCUCCGCAGAGCUCCCCAUAUACCAAAGACGGGAGCGAAAAGUCCGACCCUUCUGACAGUAGUCCUGUGAACCGAGCGAAAAAUGCAAAGGUCCCGUCUCGCAAAGAACCGCGCUCAGAACCAGCGAUCAACGGAGCAAAAGACCCUUCAAUGUAUGCAACACCUCAAAAAGACAAGCCAGGUUUACACCACGGCAAUAAGUCCACUCAUCAACUCCAAAUGACUCCACCACCAAAACACAACAUUGCCGAAGUCGGCUCAAAGUCAAAGAUUGAAAUAUGUGUCCCUAGUGGAAUGCACGUUACAGUUCACAACCUCUCUCCUUUUGAGCAGAAACAAAAAACCAUUCUGAAAUGCUUGAUAAAAAAUCAAAGAGGCGCUGUUCUAGCACAACGCAAUAAACCACCGCACCGCACCACUAUCAAUCAUGAAAAGUUUCCUGCAGAAGAGUCGAACGCUAACAAUGGCUUACCGAGCAGCUUCAAUUUUAGUUUAGACGAUGAUACCUUUGUACCCGAUGCCCCAGGAACCGCCCAAUUUAGAAAAAGCACAAGCGUUGAUGGAAUCAACACCAAUUUUGUCAAGGACAACACCUCAACUACUUGGCAAUUCAGUGCUGGAAGUGGAGAUAAUGACUCUCUUCCACAGAGCCGUUCUCAAUCAACCAACAAAACUGAUCGUCGGUCCCCGAUCAGGCGUCGGCCGGUCGCCACAGCCAAGGCGCCCAACUUUGGAACUCAAACUACCCCGAACCCAACCCGCUUUGACCCAGAGCAAUACAAGUUUGAGCCGCAGAUGUUUGCUCCUCGGCCUGGUACCCCCAGCAAACCAGGGUCACCCACGCGGAAGAAUGCGAACAAUCGAAAAAUACCAAAAACUCCUAAACCCAUGGCGGGGGAUGGUAGUGACGAUGACCGCUAUGCUUGGAGAGGCCGCAACGCUCAACCAAAAGCUGCAACGGUUGGCAGUCCGCAAGCGAUGGAUAUCGAUUCGCCGCUAACUGCCUCUCCCUCCGCGACUCCUAUUUCGACUCCUCCUCUUAUGCCAACUACUCCCUCUAUGGCUUCUACUCCAGUUCCUGUCCCGGCUCCUAUUGUCCCACCACAUACUCACCAUCAGCAUCACUCCCCUGUCGCAAGGAAUAUCCAUGUUGAGCCAUCGCGGCCGGAAUGGCGACCUGGAAACGUCACAGGCCUUGGCCAAGCGCAGAGGCAGUCUGAGGAAAGGAAAGAAAUUCCGAUCAAUUUCAAGGGGUCCGAAGACAGCGAAGAAUUUCGCGCAACAUUUGAAGAUUUCAAGAAUGUUGCGCCUUUUGCGCCACCCAAACCUGGCCUCAAAUCAUUUACUGAACUCAAGGACAAUCUACCGUUUGAGAGCCAGGCAUCAGCAGAACUACACCUCAACGAUCCUUCUCAGCCUCAGCAACUUGAUCUACCCGAUCCCCCACUUGCUCCUGGACUUCCGUUGAUGGUUGAUGGCGCGAAGCCAAGCGUUCCGGUAUGGACCAAAUAUCUUGAAGAAUUCGAAGGCUAUCUACGGCGCUGGGACAUUUUUAAUUCACGAGUGGUGGACCAUUUUGCCACACGAAAGGCCAACAUAUCAAAUGCAAGGAUUUCCAAAGGCUAUUCGUUCUUAGGUGUCCGAGGCGAUACCGACAUCCUGGAGUAUCACAACUGGGUUGAGCAGGACAAUGGAGUCCGCCGAAUGUGGCUCGCAGCUUGCGAAGAACACGAGACCCGAUUCAGAGAUUUCAUGGCGUUUAGAGAGAAGAUGAAAAUGCCGAUUUAA